AUGACUUUCCGCAGACCGACUCAAAUAAGAAAAACUAGCCUUGAGUUGAAUGCACAUACGGCUUUAUGCCUACAUUUUAGCCAAAAAGAUUUAGAAAUCUUCUCAAGCCAACAUUUGGAGGGUUUCCAAAUCAAAGCGUUCACAGCCCUGCGCUUCCUCUCAGAACCUUCUGAUGCCAUCACCAUGCGGGGAGGAAACGUCCUCCUUGACUGCUCUGCGGAGUCUGACCGGGGCGUGCCGGCGAUCAAGUGGAAGAAGGAUGGCAUCCACCUGGUCUUGGGAUCGGAUGACCGGAAGCAGCAGCUCUCCAAUGGGUCUCUGUUCAUACAGAACAUACUUCAUUCCAGACACCAUAAGCCAGAUGAGGGACUCUACCAAUGUGAGGCAUCUGUAGGAGAUGCUGGGUCCAUUGUCAGUCGGACAGCGAAAGUUGCCGUAGCAGGACCACUGAGGUUCCUUUCCCAGACAGAAUCUGUCACAGCCUUCAUGGGAGACACAGUGCUGCUCAAGUGUGAAGUCAUUGGGGAACCCAUGCCAACAAUACACUGGCAGAAGAACCAACAAGACCUGACUCCAAUCCCAGGUGAUUCCCGAGUGGUGGUCUUGCCCUCUGGGGCAUUGCAGAUCAGCCGGCUUCAAGCAGGGGACAUCGGAAUUUACCGAUGCUCAGCUCGGAAUCCAGCCAGCUCAAGAACAGGAAGUGAAGCCGAAGUCAGAGUUUUGUCAGAUCCGGGACUGCAUCGGCAACUGUAUUUUCUGCAAAGACCAUCCAGUGUAGUAGCCAUUGAAGGAAAAGAUGCCGUCCUGGAGUGUUGUGUUUCUGGCUACCCUCCGCCAAGUUUUACCUGGUUGCGAGGAGAGGAAGUCAUCCAACUCAGGUCUAAAAAGUAUUCUUUAUUGGGUGGAAGCAAUUUGCUUAUCUCCAAUGUGACAGAUGAUGACAGUGGAACUUACACCUGUGUGGUCACGUAUAAAAAUGAGAAUAUUAGUGCCUCUGCAGAGCUCACAGUCUUGGGUAAGUUAAUGACUGGAGAUGAGUUUCCAUCGGACCCUUCAAGAUAUACUACCAUAACACUAAAUGCUCAUCACUGA